ACGAUGAUUGCUAUUUUAGGUUUUCUCAACAUAAUCUGAUAAACUUGUUUGUGCUUUCACUGUGUUUUACUUUGUAAUAGUAACAUCUCAACCACGUACGAUCCGUGUGCACCGUUUGUGGAGUUAAAUAACGAGGCAAAGUGCUUGCAACAAUUCGCUACCGCGUCCCUACCGAAGGGUGGAAAACAAAAAAACCAUUGAAGAAUGUCGCUCUCUUACUCGCAGCAGCACGGGGGCAACCGUGGACAACCACUUCUACCGGGACCGGGAGGAUUACUGAGGGCGCAGCAGAGUGCGGCACCGAGUACGAUGCAUAUACAGAAAAUUUUAGACGAAAACGCAGGGCUGAUUCAGACGAUUCAGGAGUUCCAACAAGUGGGCAGAUCCGCUGAAAGCAUGUCGUACCAGGUGGCACUGCACCGAAAUCUCGUCUAUUUGGCCAACUUGGCCGAUCCAACGCAUAAUAUUCAAUCUUUGCUACCGCCUCCACAUAUUCUUCAGUCGAUGGGUAGCGUUCCACCGAACGCUGGGGUCGCCGGUCCGCCAACGCACGACGGUUCGAUGAUUGGCCCGGGACCGGGUCAGACGGGCAUGGCCGGAUAUCCGCAACCCGGUGGAAUGUCCGUCCAACCGCAACAACCUGCGGUUGGCCAGUCGCACGGCAGUAACGGAACGGGACCGGGAAUUCCCGUACAGCAUGCAUCGCUCGGACCGCCGCAACAGUCAACUCAGGCCGGAAUGCAGCCUCAGGGUCAGCAGCACAAUCAGCUUCAACAGCAGCAGCAGUCCAACAUUCAGGCGGCCCAGAAUGCGGCCGCGCAGCACAAUCAAUCGCAGGCUUCACUGUUAUCCCAAUCAGGGCCACAUGCCGGUCCAGGAGCCGGACAAACGAAUAGCUACCGCAACGCAGUCCCAAUGUCCCCGGCCGCCGCCGGCGGGAACGUCGGUGGGCAACACCAAGCACAGCAACCAAACUCGAACCAGCAACCGGGUGGUGGCGUACGUGGCGCUCCUCCUGGCUCUCAGCAACAGCAGCAGCAGCAGCAACAGCAGCAACAACCCACUAGCCAGCCGCUUCCCCCUCAAACCAGUGGCUAUACUCAACGCUCUCAGCACAGCUCGUAUAAUGUGCAGCAUUCGCACUAUCCCGGUUAUCCUCCGCCGAACCAACCAUAUCAAACGCAGAGCGGAUAUACACCGUACGGGCCGCCGAAUCAACUGCAAAACUAUGGUCCACCGAACACCAACUCUCCGCAGGGCUAUCACCACGCAGGAGUGCUGCCCGCUUCGUCGAACGCGCAGGGUCCGUCGCAGGGAUCGCCGUAUCCGGCGUCUGGGCAACACCCGGGACAGGUUCCGACGGGCGGACCGCAGCAAGGUGGCUACCACCAGGUACCGCAGGGUGGGCCGAAUGUUGGCUACGGACCUCCCAGUCAACCGCCAGUUCAGUAUCCUCCGCAAGGUGGCCCAGGAGCGCCUCCGCCUCCGCACGGUUACCCGGGCUAUCCGAACCCUGGUCCGAACGCGUACGGUCAGCCCCCAACCCAGGGCCCCUUGCCGCCGCAAGGCCAAUCCGGCAGCUAUCCCACCGUUAGCCAAUCGACAGGCUAUCCUUUGCCACAGUCACAGUACUCUUCCGGUUACCCGACGACACAGGCACCGCACGGGGGGCCGCAAAAUGCUGCCAGCAUCUCCACCAACGCUUCCGUCACCCUGAAUCAACCGUCAGCAGCGAGCGCCGGCUCCGUGGCACAAGGACCGGGCAGUUACAACGCCCAGCAGCAGCAGCAGCAGGGAAAUUCUCAAGUACAAACCUCUGUGGCCGGAGGAACUCCGUCACCCGUCACGAUGCCAUCCACGACAUCGUCGGGCUAUCUACCGCCACCGCCCUCUCACCAAGCCGGAGGCGCUGGGGCAUCCGCUGGCCCGCCCCAGUCCUAUAACGCGCAACCGGGAUCCCAGCAGCACGGACAGCCCGGUGGCGGGUAUCAACAGCAGCAAACAGGCGGCACACAGGGCGGCGGUCCUCAGCAGCCUCCGCCGGGGCCUCCGGGGCCCGGUGUUUACCCGCAGCAUUCGCCCUACCAUCAGCAAUCGGGCUACUCACCGUUGCCCCCGCAGGGCCAGUACCCACCGCCGCAGGCGGCACCACAAGGUUACUCGCAGUAUUCCCAGCGCCCACCCAGUUCCCAGAUGCCACCGCCGGGCCCGCAAGUACCGCCCCCGCAGAGCUCCUACGGUUACGUUUACGGGCAACCGCCGCAGUAAAAAACGGCACAGGCUCUCUCUCGCUCUUCUGAAUCUGUUUGAACUCACUUCUUUUCCGUUUUCUCGCUAACCGCGGCAGCAAUGAACGCAGAAGCUAAGGGUUUAUAACAUUCCCGCGGCGCGGUGCUGUUACCAUGGUCAUGAUUUCUUCCGAUCAGAACAAAACAAUGUCCCGUAGGCGAUUUUGCGUUUGCUUUUGCCGCGGGGUUCCGUUUUAGCAUUGAUUUGUAUUUUAUUAAACAAUAGUUGCGUCCUGGUAGGUAGAAAUCAUUUUACGUUUGAACCAUGGCAAUGUUAUAAACCAGAUCUUCUGUGCGGACAGAAAGAUCUUGUGUAAUAUUUCAUAAUUAAACUUGAACAUACUAGCGCACACCACAACAACAGGCAGAUACACUUAGGCAGGGGGCGCGCAACGUCAUUCAGGGUGCAAUACACAGCGCGUGUGCAGCACGCGAAAUGAGAUUGUUUCGACCGUAUCCAUUUAUGGUCGAUUGCCGGUUCGCGCCUGAUAUCGCGGUCUUUGCCCGUGCGCCGUGCCAGAUUUUCUUUUACAUCAUAUCCCCCAACGCGAUUACAAAUAAUUCCCCUUAUUGCUUCAUAAUAACACAAUCACUUGAAUAAAA